UUUGCUUGAAUUUGCAUUGAAUACGGAUGAUGGUAGUUUAAGUAGGAGAUAAUGAAGUGUUUUUAUUGAAAACAAUUUUUUAAUUAUCUACAUAAAUUUUAAAAAUAUUUUUAAAAUGGAGUAACAAGAAGAAAAGAAAUGCUUUGUUGACUAACUAUUAGUUAUUUAACGAAAAGAGAAAAAAUGUAGUGAGAUAUUUUUAGCAAAUGCUUUAAAAAAUUACGGCAAAGCUAACGUUUUAACAACAAAUUUGAAAUUUAAGGUAACCCUAUCGGAGUGAAGCACACAAACGAAAAAUGAAAACAGGAUUACGAACCACCGACACAUUUCUUAUGGCUUUGAUUUGAAGCCAAUUCGCCGUAAUAGCUUAGUAAGUAAGCGAUAAAUAUCCUUACUUUCAAUUGACAGCCUCAAAUACAUAGGGCAUACACACCACAAUGGUAAAAUGACACAAAGACAUGAAGGAGUAUGGUGAGUUUAACUUGCUUCCUCACCACUAACAUACUUCGCGAUAGCUUCAAUGCUGCUCCUAUCGUUCAAUUCAACUGCAAUGUAAAUAAUAUGUGAAAUGUUGUGGAACAAAACGUACAUAUACGCGAUAGAAUGAACAUCGUGCACACGGUAUAUGAAAAAUCACAGUCAGAAAAUAACUGAGAGAGGAAACAAAAGAAAAAUUUAUACAAGAGAUAUAAAAAGAUUUAAAAUUAGAAAAACAAAAAAAAAAAAAAAAACGAAAAACCGGGCAAAGAAGAGAGAUAUGAUUGUAAAAAAAUAGAAAAGCAAAAAAGUUUCGCUAACUUCACUGUUGCCAGCAAUCGCAAGUGAAUAGGAAAUGAUACGAAUAAUAAUGUGUCCUUAGUUUCAGUCAAUCCGUAUGAAAAUAUGGCAUGUGAUUAAUAGCUGUAAAAUGAACUGAAUUUAAAGAGUAUGAGUGGCCGAAUCAGUGUGUAAAUUUGUGUAAGUCAUUUAUAAGUAAGAAUUUUUUGGGUGUGAAAACGAAAGUGAAAAUCUAGCACACACAGCAACGAGCCUCAACGAGGACGAAAGUUCGGCGAGCGAGGCAAGCAUGUACGGUAAUUAUAUGUAAAGACCAGCUUUACUGGGUUCGCCUUGUUGUUGCUGUGCACGCGACCCCUUUCAAACUCCGUGCACUGCAUCUCAUAUAAAUCUGCCCAACAAAAAUGUAAAGGUUGUACACAUGUGUUAUAUAAAAAUCAAAAAGGAAAAGGAAAAAAAUGUAUGUAAAAAAAAUAAAAAUGUUGCAGAUGAAAUGGUGUGCGUGCUUGUGACGUCAAAAAGUAGUAAUCGCAACUAUUGUUCUUGCGAGUGUAUUUUCGCACACACACGCAUAUAUGUAUUUUUAUUUACAAAUGCACGCAGAUAACUUCUUUGCAAAAAAGUUCGCUUCUGCUCCCGUUUAUACCCCGUAGGAUUUUUCGAGAAAUCAAAUAAGAUCCAUAAGCAAAUCGAAAAAUAUUUAAAGAAAAGACAAAAAAACUAAACACUUAAGAGAAAAAAAAUCGAACGAAUUACUUGAGAGCAAAGCAUACCGAGCGUGUGUGUAGGCCUUUAAUUUUUUUUUUUUUUUUUUUUUUUUGUGCAAAAUUCCAAUUGCGACAACUUAACGCACACAUCAAACAGCAGUUAAAACUACCUCCACUAUCUGGCUUUAGAUUAUCAAAAAUUUUUUUAGCAAACAACUGCAUUUAGUAUCAUUAAAAAAAACGAAAAGAAAAGAAGAACAACAACACCAACAACAUCAAGAAACACUAUUCUAUACGUAUGUAACCACCGCCACCGUCGCCGCUACCACCAUCACAAUUAUAACGUUAACGACAACAACAACAGCAGCACCAAUAUAAGCAGCAUCCACAACGCUAACACAACACAGCACUAUUAUGGAGCAACCCAGUAUACUUGUUCGAAUUCUACACUCGAUACCGCAUGUGAAUUACACAUUUUGUCGGGUUAACGACACUUUUAAUCCAGAUAGUGAUGUUUAUUUAGAGAGUCUGGGUAUUUUGGCUUCAAUACCCGCCGGUUUAUUGAUAUUAUCUCUGUUUGGUUUGUUAUUGUAUUUACUGACACGUUGCUGUGACCGCAAACCCCGCAAACCCAGUGCACAACGAUGCCAAAGUUGUUCUUUAGUGAUAAUCACACUGAUGACAUGCGCCUCCAUAGGUUUAGGACUCUAUGGCAAUGAUGACUUUCAUAACGGUUUAUUGCAAGCGUUCAGCUCCGGUAAACAAGUUGAGGGACUUGUAUUAAGCCUAAAACGACAGACUGAAGCAAUUAAACAUGACCUGGAACGGAAGAUGUCGCAACAUCGAUUGGAGGCACAAAUCGAACGAGUGCAAUACAAUCAGACAGCAGUAAUGCUGUUGAUAGAGACAUGUAAUUUAGUGCGCGAAAAUACCUCAAGAGCUGUCACGAGUCUCGACAAUAUGGUGCUGUAUUUUAUGAAGACGAAAGGCGGUGAGAACGACGACGAUACACUCAUGGGCUUAUUACAGAUGGGGGAACUUUACGAAUCAAUACGCUGGCCAGCAACUUUGGGUUUUCUGACGUUGCUGUUACUGUUGUGCACUGUUUUGGUUAUAGGCGUCGCACGUCGAUCCCGCUGUGCUCUUAUAUUUUUCAGCGUAUCCGGUUUAUUUUGUAUUAUUAUGUGCUGGCUGCUGUCGGGCAUUUAUUUGGCCUCAUCGGUGGCAGCGGGUGAUUUUUGUAUGCGCCCACACGAGUACAUGUGCCGCCAAGUGGGCAUGCGAAGCCCUUAUGUAUAUUUUCUUAAUUGUGGCACUUUAAGAAAUCGUUUUAUUUUACGCUUAAAUGAAUCCCGUGAUUUGGUGGAGCGCGCCAGAGAGUCAGUUUACUUAAUUCAAAGAAUGAGUCAAGAAACAUAUCCACGUAUAGAUGUGCAUAAAACGCUGGAAGCGAUGGACAACGAUUUGGAAGAAACGAAACGAAAUUUAACUGUGUUGUCGGCCACAUUGGAUCGUCGGGCAAUAGAUCGACAUUACGCGGACGCUUUACGCGGUCUUUGCGGCGGUGGCCUACUAGGUUUAAGUCUAAUGAUGGUAGCUGGCUUAUUGACCUCAUUCCUUUUCACAAUUUUAGUUUACGCUGAUUCGCAUGCUUGGAUUUAUUUAAACAAACGAAGACCAUCCAUGGAUAUUGAUAAAUCGGAGACGGUUCCAUUAUUUCCUUCGAAUGCGCCAAGCGCCAAUAUAUCACCCACUGCACCUUUGCAUCAUACGGGCACUAUUAACCGUACUUUAUUGCAUCAUCAGCAAUUACAUGGUGGCAUGACGACAGGCAGCACUGGCACUUUAGGCAGUUCGCGUAGCAAUGGCACCGCCAACGGAUUAAGAACAGGGUUCGUCGCCACAUACAACAAUCCCCUUCAUCAUCAACAACAACAUCAUCACAAAACUAACACUACUCUGGGUAGUACUGCGAUCAGCAGUAGAACUGGUGGUGCAGGUGUUAGUAGUGCUGUUAACAACAGAAGACUAUCACCCUCACCACCGCCCGGUUAUGAUGUUGUGGUGCAUGGCAUAAGUUCUGGUCAUCAUACCCUGGGCCGUUUACCAUCUCAUCAGCAGCAAUCAUCAUCAUAUCUGAGCGGUCCUAACAACGGCAAGUAUGCCACGCUCAGUAAACAGUGUAAGACCUUAGAAUCCAGCGAUUUUUACUGAGAUUCGCUUGCCUGCAACACGUAUGCAGGCAAAAGCUUUACUAAUCUUAACAGUAGCAUUACCUCGAAUGGUAUUGGCAGAAAUUCUUUAAAGAGCAUAUUUACUUCAGCCACCCUCCCUCGUUCAGCUGGUUCGUCACUACGUUCAGUACUCUCAUCUCAGACCUCUAACACGAUGUACAGAUCCACAGGCAAUGGUUUAGAUCGCGACGAUGAUAAAGAUCCGCGUGAUGUCACCAAUAACAGUUUUAAUCGCUUUGACCCGAAAUACAUCAGCAUUGGACCGAAAGCAGUUCGUGGUAACAAUAAUUUGAAUGUAGUAGCUGCGGCUACGGCCAGUAAAUGUGCUACCCUACGGCACGUUGGACGUUACGGUGGUUCAUUGAAAGGCACAAGUCCAUCAGCGAAUUUGCGUAACGCCAAAACCCCCUCCAUAGCUACGGUUUCGAAAGACUAUUGCUCUCAGCCUGACUGCAUUACGCAGGCAUACCCAAGCAAUCCUACAGAUGUUGUUGUAACCCAGCCAACUACACAACCACCACCACCGCCUUUACCCCCGCCUAAACCAAAGAAUACGUUCACUGAAAUCCCUGGAACAACCGGUGUGGGCAGCUCAUAUGCCAAAGAACAAUUACAAUUACAGUUACAAAUACAGCAUCAGCAACAGCAAAUCCAACAACAGCAACAUCAGUUACAACAACAACAGCAGCAGCAGCAGCAGCAGCAACAACAACAACAACAACAACCACAGUAUCAAUUACAGGAAAUACAGCAAGCGGCAGUAACACCAACCUUAGCCAACUCUCAGCAGCAAUCAUCGGUGAUGCAACAUCAUCCACCAACUACUCAUAUUUUACCUCCAUCAGCUGUAUACAGUAUUGAAAGCUCUAGUUAUCAACAACUGCAACAGUCCCAGGCCCAGCAAAAGCCACCACCACCAUCUUUAGAUCCACCCAUUCCACUGCCCCCUAAAACACCUUCAGCAACUCCCCGGCCCCUUCCACCACCAACGCAGAUUCAGACGUUACAAUCAGCACCACCCCGUUCACUAAAUCCUAAUUCAAUUGUUAAUCAACCGUUACCGGAAAUUCCCAACCCAGCGACGCUGCAACAACAGCAUCAGCAAUCAAAAAUUUCACCUCAGCCCUUAUGCGCUGCUAAUCUAAAUCAAUAUCGCUCACUACAAAGACCACAAACACAAAAAUUACAAUUGUCAGCUGCUAAUACAGCUGUGCACACUGCUACCCAAUCAACCAAUUUAAACCAACAAACAACUAAUCAGUUGCAGCCUCCUACUUUACCGCCCAAAAAUCGACAUAAAACAUCACCACGGCAACACAAUGCUGGCAGUAGCGAGCUACAUCAACAAAUACCACAAGUCCCGCCACCAAAGCUAAGUAAUUUACGCCAUCAACAACAAUCCUACGAACGAGAACGCGAAAAAGAGCGAGACAGGGAAAGAGAAAGGGAGCGUGAACGUGAACGUGAUAGACACGAACGUCCUCGCCGUUCGGAAACUUUGGAUAACGCACGCUCGAACUCGGGUUAUGGGGAGCAGCAGAGCGCCCAUUUAAAUAUUAGAAAACAAUAUUCUUAUGAUUCGGGGCAACCAAACUCAUACUUUCAUCAACGUCAUUCA